AUGCAAUUAAAGGAUAAGUGUGGUGAAAAAUUCAGCUCUUUUUUAGCCGACAAAGUGGCGGCAGUUGCAGGUGAUGUUUCUCUUCACAAUUUCGGAAUCAAAGACCAAAUCCUCAUUGAAGAGAUGUUGGAUGCGAUUGAUAUUAUAGUGCACACUGCCGGAACUACUACACUUGAUGAAAGAUUUGAUGUUGCAAUGGAUAUAAAUACAAUGGGAGCUUAUAACGCUAUAAACUUUGCUAAAAUGUGUCAUAGAAUAGAAGUUUUUCUUCACGUAUCAACCGCUUAUGUUUGUGGAGGAGCAAAAGGAUUAAUAUCUGAGGAACCAUUUCGCCUGGGCCAAACACUUAAAAGCUCAUCAGAAUUGGACAUCAACUUAGAAAAGCAGUUGAUUGAGGAAAAACUUAGUGAACUCCAAGCACAAAAUGCUAAUGAAGAAACAAUCACCUCAAUAAUGAAAGAAUUUGGAGCAAUAAGGGCAAAUAUGUAUGGAUGGCAAAACACGCAUACAUUUACAAAAGCCAUGGGAGAAAUGCUUGUGAUGAACAUGAAGGGAAAUAUACCAUUGAUCAUCUCACGUCCUACUGCUGUCAUCGGCACUCAUUCAGAACCUUUCCCGGGUUGGAUUGAAGGUGUUAGAACUAUAGACUUUGUGUUCGUUGAGUAUUUCAAAGGAGCAAUAACUAGUUUUGUUGGUGAUCCAAAUAAAACUAUGGACAUGGUACCAGCAGACAUGGUGAUAAACUCAAUGAUCAUAGCGCUGUUGGUUCAUUCUAAGUGUAAUCUUUCCAACAAUUUCAUCUGCUACCAUAUUGGUACUUCCCUAAGAAAUCCAAUUAAAUUUUCGGAUAUUCAAGAAAUAACGUAUCUUUAUGUUACAAGCAAUCCCUGGCUAAGAAAUUAUAAAAAGUCAGGGGCUUUGUUUGAAAAAAUGGUAUUCAACCCAAGAAUUACUGAAGAUCAUGAAUUUCACCAAACCAAGGAUUCAAGGUUGAAGAGGACAAUGAAUCUUUAUAGGCCUUAUGGUCUCUUCGAGGGCAUUUUUGAUGAUGAGAACACAGAGAAGUUGCGAAUAGCAAUAAAAGGAGUUGGCAAUAUGGAUAAGGAAUAUAACUUUGAUCCUAAGAGCAUUGAUUGGAAGGACUACUUGAUGAAUGUUCAUUUCCCAGGUCUAAUUAAGUAUACUAUGCAACCAAAGAUGUAA